UUUCGAAGCCAGAGAAAGCAGCCUUGUCACUUCGUUGCUUCUGGGCUGGGUGUCACGCCGCAACCCCCAACAUCAUUAUUGGCAGCAAAGGCAUGUCGGACGAAUUGCUUGAGCUCGUACGCUCCCAUGCGCCUCUGGAAGAUGUGAAGGAGGCGUAUGACAGGUGCCCUUCCGGUCUGACACGAGAUGUUGUGGAAGAAGGGUUCAGGAAGAGAGCACCACCUGGAGUGCUGCUGUUUCUGGUGGCAACAUUGGACUCUCCGGAAGACUUGAAUAUGUCAUCUCUGUUGCUUUAUGCAGUGCUUCAGACAAAGGAUCUUUCUUGUCUGCCUAUGAAAUCUGCUGAGCGUGUGGCUGAGGAGAACCAGUUUGACAUAUACAAAAAGUCGUAUAAACUAGAAUUAUCCUCUUGGGUAGAGGAUGUGUUAGAGGCGUUCCCCCCCAACACAUUCACACUUGAAACCGACCAAGUGUCUCAUGAGACCGAGCUUCGCCACCUCCACUUUUGCUUGGACAAAGCUGAGUUUAACACAGCUCUGGGAGACAUGAUUGUUGGUCUCAUCCCCCAAACAACUACCACAUUUACGUGGCCAGAGAUUGUGGAUACCAUUUUCAACUUCACAGCAAUAAAUGCCACGGUCACAGCCAAGAUCUUGACAAAGGUCAGGCAUUUCGCGAGCCAUUCACAUAGCAAUUGGGGAACGGAGGGCUUCAAGGUAUUGAUUCCUGCAGUCUUCAAAGAAUCUUGCAGCGUUACCAGUAUGGAUCUCGUUGUUCCUCCAACAUCUUCCGAUUUGGGAGAAUUGAUGGAUUCUGAUGCAUUUGUUGGUAUGAAACACUGCCCUAUCACCGACCUAUCGCUUUCCUUCUUGAGCCGAAUCCACCGACCUUAUGAUGAAAAGGCGCCGGUGAAGUGGGAUAUCCUGACGGCUGUAUCUUGCAUGGACAAGCUCCAGAAGUUGGUCCUGUCUGUUGGAGUAGCGGAUAGAGAAUUUAUAGUGAGAAUUCAUGAGUUAGACCAGAGUUUCGCCCAUGCUCUGUGUGAAGUCAUCAGCAAACGUGUGCAGAAAGUUGCUAUUCACCUUCACAGGUGUAAGCUAAGCAAGAGGUUGUGGUACUCAGUCUUCGAUGCAGUCGGGAGGAGUCGGAACGUGAAAGACUUUCAGAUCGAUGAUAACCUUGCCAACAUUAAUGCCAAGGAGUUUCUGAAACAUCUCCUGACCAUUCUGCAGAAAAACACCACUUUGGAGAAUGCAAGAAUCACUCGUUGGGGUUAUAAGAUAAACAAUUCUCGCUGGGAAAGAUGUGACGUGGACGCAGCGAAGGUGGAGGAAGCACGCAUUCAAAUCCACUACUACACGACAUUGAAUCGCUAUGGUCGUGGGGUGGCCAGAGAUCCAAGUGCUUCCAUGGAAGCUUUUGUGAACGUUUUGACUGUCACCCAAGACUAUGGAAAGUCGGAGGACACACAGAGCUUUUUCACCACCGCAGUGCUUUAUGGCUUGCUUCGAGAAUAUCCCACCAAGUGGAGCAAUCCGAUGUCCACACAAGACAUUGCUGCAUCUAAAAGGGGACGAAAACGCAAAGCCACUGGAUUAUGAUCUUGCCAAUGCAUUGAUGGCUUCCGCUUGCUGGUGGCACGUGCGGCAUGCCAGUUCUUCUCUUUCCUGAUGGCCUCUGCCGGUAUAGUCCAGCGACUGUGCUGAUGGUUGCACACUACCGUAUCAUAUGGAAAAGGUGCAAACAAUGUUCACGACAGAACCAUUCUAGAAAACGAAUGAACAGCCAUAAUGCCGCACGUUUUGCAAAAGAUACGGUUGAACUUGGGCACCAGGUACCCAGAAGGUUUGUGUCGUCUCGGCUAUCAUGGCUAGCUACCGGUAGCUUUCUCCCCAGCGUAGAACAGAUUUGUUUAGCUAGCAAACUGUCACCGGCGAGUCACCAUGAAAUUGUAAAAUAAUGAGCUAGCUUUACUGAACAUCCAGCGGUGGUUCAGUCAAACAUCUAAUCAGUGCAACGGUACAAGUAGCUGGAGCAUACUACUAGGCGCAGGUGUCCUUGAUCGCCGCCCGCUCUUCUCAGCAUUGACGAAUUCGUCGUCGGUCGCAAUCAACUUACCGCGAACAACUUGACGAUUCGAUUUCAUUUGAUGAUUGCUUCGCGAUUUCCACAAGAGAAAGACACAAGCCUGUCUGAGUUGAAAGUCUCGACGUGCACGCAAUGGCAGGGGCGUGUUGUCGAUAAUGGCUCCGAGAGCCCCCUUCCCAAGUACUGCUUUCUAUUAGCUUCAGCAACACAGAUGACCUAGGGGUACCGCACCUCAGUCAUACCCAUGCAAGAGACAUCAAGCUCCAGCAGUGCUGAUGCAAGCCAUGCUAUAGCCCGAAAAGUACUACUAGCUAGUAGUAUUGGGGAGGCUCUGCCAAAUUCAGGGAACGCUGUUGAAGAGAGCAAUCUUCACUUGUUGCGGAAAGACGGUUUGAAAGAAACCUGACAUUGCGAUGUUCAUGCAUUGCUGCUGGCUUUUAAAUUUGGCGCC